GCGUCGGCACGGAGCGGAGGCGCGUCACACGUUAACAACACAAAACUCCAGUUGAGAGCCCGCUACACCUGACCGGACACUGGCGCUGCGGAGAGACAGGCAACAGGCACCGACUCCUGCGCCAGACAUUUCUUACACACUGCAGUGAAAUGAGGGCAACAUGGGGGCCAAAGAGUCGCGGAUAGGCUUCCUUUCCUAUGACGAGGCCGUCAAAAGAGUUACUGAUGUGGAGCUCAAGCGGCUGAAAGAUGCCUUUAAGAGGACCAGCGGCCUGUCCGCCUACAUGACCCAACAGUGCUUCUACAAAGAGGUGCUGGGAGAUGGCGUUCCCCCAAAGGUUGCGGAGGUGAUCUACAACUCAUUUGGAGGCACGCCAAAAGGGCUACACUUCAACAACCUCAUUGUCGGUCUGGUGCUGUUGACGAGAGGACGUGAUGAGGAAAAAGCCAAAUAUAUCUUCAGCCUGUUCGCCAGUGACUCGGGCAGCUAUGUGGUGCGAGAGGAAGUGGAGAGCAGGCUCCGUGCUGUGGAUGGGGAAGUCCCACCCUCGCUGAGGAAGUGCUUCUUAGAGGGUGAGAAGGUGAAUUAUGAGAAGUUUAAGAACUGGCUUCUACAAAACAAAGAGGCGUUCACCUUCUCCCGCUGGCUGCUCUCUGGCGGAGUGUGUGUCACCCUGACUGACGACAGCGACACACCCACCUUCUACCAGACACUGGCUGGAGUCACACACUUAGAAGAAUCAGACAUUAUUGAUUUGGAAAAGCGCUACUGGCUUCUGAAAGCUCAAUCAAGGACCGGACGCUUUGACUUAGAAACCUUUGUUCCUCUGGUGUCACCCCCUAUUCAUGCAUCACUAAGUGAAGGCUUGUUUGAUGCCUUUGAUGAGAAUCGGGACAAUCACAUUGACUUUAAGGAAAUAUCAUGUGGGCUCUCUGCAUGCUGUCGAGGACCUGUGGCUGAGAGGCAGAAAUUUUGUUUCAAAGUGUUUGAUGUCGAUCGGGAUGGAGUUCUGUCUCGAGAUGAGAUGCACAAGAUGGUGGUGGCCUUACUGGAAGUGUGGAAGGACAACCGCACUGAUACUCUCCCAGAACUGGAAUCCAGUGUUCCUGAUAUUGUUGAAGAAAUCCUUACAAUACAUGACACUACAAAACAGGGACACCUAACACUAGAGGAUUAUCAGAUAUGGAGUGUGAAGAGUGCCCUGGCAAGUGAGUUCCUCAACCUGCUCUUUCAGGUGUGUCACAUAGUCCUGGGCCUCCGGCCUGCUACGCCCACGGAAGAAGGCCAGAUCAUCAGGGGUUGGCUGGAACGAGAGAGCAGACAUGGCCUGCAGCCAGGCCAGAACUGGUUCCUCAUCUCCAUGCAGUGGUGGAAAUUGUGGAAAGACUACGUUAAAUAUGAUAAUAAAUCCAUUGUGGUGGAGCAGCCGGGUAUGCUGGGCAGUGGCAGGAGGACUCCUCAGUCCACACCAUCUGGUGAACCGGCCCUGAGCAAGACUGGAACAGUGGCGCGAUCUCUUAGCUCUCCAGGAGAAAAGUCCCCAAAAAGCAACUGGGAGGUUUCAGAGAGCACCCCUAACAGUCAGCUGCCGCAUGUGAGCUCAUCAGCCACGGACAUCUGCUUUGCUCGGCAGCACAAUGUUUUGGAUAACAAUAACCAGUGUUUCUCUACCGCCAAUGGCCACCUACCCAGCCACCUGGCUGCACAGAGGCCAGGUGCCAUCGACAACCAGCCCUUAGUCACCACUGAGCCCAUGAAGGCACCUACGUUAACCAUGGAGGGAGGACGUCUGAAGAGACCCCUCAACCUGAUGGCUGGCCGGGACUUUGAGACAGUACCAGAGACAGUGUGGCGGGCACUCUACCACUGGUACGGUGCCAAUCUUAGCCUGCCCAGACCGGUGAUCAAGUCAGUCAUCACAGACCAGCCAGAGUUGGAGCUCUUCCCCCGUUAUUUGCUCUUCCUACGACAGCAGCCAGCCACACGCACCCCCCAGUCCAACAUCUGGGUUAACAUGGGUAUGAGCAGCCUGCGAAUGUUCCCUCCACAAUUUCCCCGAGGUAACAUGCCCUCUCCGAAUGCCCCACUGAAGCGUGUGCUGGCAUACACGGGUUGUUUCAGCAGGAUGAGCACCAUUAAGGACAUCCAUGAGUACCUGUCACAGAGGUUACGCAUCAAAGAAGAAGACAUGCGCCUCUGGCUCUACAACAGCGAAAAUUACCUCACUCUCCUUGAUGAUGAAGAUCACACUUUAGAGAGUUUGAAAAUAGAGGAUGAGCAGCACUUAGUGAUUGAGGUUCGAAACAAAGACAUGAGCUGGCCAGAGGAAAUGUCCUUCAUCGCCAACAGCAGCAAAAUAGACAGGCACAAAGUUCCUACAGAGAAAGGUGCUACAGGUCUGAGUAACCUGGGGAACACAUGCUUUAUGAAUUCUAGUAUUCAGUGUGUGAGUAACACCAAACCACUCACUGAAUACUUCAUCUCAGGGAGACACCUCUAUGAGCUGAACAGAACCAAUCCCAUAGGAAUGCGAGGCCAUAUGGCUAAAUGCUAUGGAGAUUUAGUGCAGGAACUUUGGAGUGGAACACAAAAAAAUGUUGCACCGCUAAAGCUCAGGUGGACGAUAGCAAAGUAUGCGCCGAGAUUCAAUGGCUUCCAGCAGCAGGACUCUCAAGAGCUGCUGGCGUUCUUGUUGGAUGGGCUUCAUGAGGACCUGAAUCGAGUCCAUGAGAAGCCCUAUGUGGAGCUGAAGGACAGUGAUGGACGGCCAGAUGCAGAAGUGGCCACCGAGGCCUGGGACAACCACUUGAGAAGAAACCGUUCAAUUGUGGUGGACCUGUUCCAUGGCCAGCUCAAGUCCCAAGUCAAGUGCAAAACAUGCGGCCACAUCAGUGCUCGCUUUGACCCCUUUAACUUCCUGUCCCUGCCCCUUCCAAUGGACAGCUCCAUGCACUUGGAGAUCACAGUCAUUAAACUGGACGGUUCCACCCCGGUGCGCUAUGGUCUCCGUUUGAACAUGGACGAAAAGUAUACAGGCCUAAAGAAGCAGCUGAGUGAACUGUGCAGCCUGAAGCCAGAGCAGAUCCUCCUGGCUGAGGUCCAUUCCUCCAACAUCAAGAACUUUCCUCAAGACAACCAGAAAGUGCGUCUGUCUGUAAAUGGCUUCUUGUGUGCGUUUGAGAUUCCUGUGCCUGGUUCUCCCACCUCUAUCACUUCUCCAGCACCAGUAGGCAAUACACUAGUCAAUGGCAUUGCUCGGAACAGCCAUGCUGAGAAACCUGGCCCCAUUCCAAAUGGCACAGCUGGCACCCCCAUUCGAAGUGGAUCUGACAGGAGCAUGGCUAACGGCAUGCCAAGCACAGUGGUGCCCUCUGGCUCAGAAAAGAGUCUUGCCAAUGGCAUCCCCAACGGCCAUGCCACCCCGGUUCAGGACAGCCCUUUCAUUGGCUACAUCAUUGCCAUGCACAGAAAGAUGAUGCGGACAGAGCUAUACUUCCUCUCAUCUCAGAAGAACCGGCCCAGUUUGUUUGGCAUGCCUCUCAUUGUGCCCUGCACAGUGCACACCAGUAAGAAGGAUCUAUAUGAUGCAAUAUGGAUUCAGGUGUCUCGUCUAGCCAGCCCCCUGCCCCCUCAGGAGGCCAGCAACCAUGCCCAAGACUGCGAUGACAGCCUGGGUUACCAGUACCCUUUCACAUUGCGGGCAGUGCAAAAGGAUGGCAAUUCUUGCGCCUGGUGCCCAUGGUACAGGUUCUGCAGAGGUUGUACAGUGGAGUGUAAUGAGGACAGGGCAUCCCUAGGAAAUGCUUACAUUGCUGUAGACUGGGACCCCACAGCCCUGCACCUCCGUUAUCAAACUUCCCAAGAGAGGAUAGUGGAGGAGCACACUAGUGUGGAACUGAGCCGGCGUGCCCAGGCUGAGCCCAUCAGUCUGGACAGCUGUCUGAGGGCCUUCACUAGUGAAGAGGAGCUGGGUGAGGAUGAGCUCUACUAUUGCUCCAAGUGCAAAACCCAUUGUCUGGCCACCAAGAAGUUGGACCUCUGGAGGCUGCCUCCCAUACUGAUUGUUCAUCUGAAACGCUUCCAGUUUGUGAAUGGCCGCUGGAUUAAGUCCCAGAAGAUAGUGAAGUUCCCACGUGAGAACUUCAACCCCAGUGCAUUUUUGGCUCCACGUGAAGCUCAGAGCACAUGGAGCCUGCAGAGCCAGAGCGAGUGUCCGGUGGAGGAGCUCCAGAAACUGGACAACGGAGAUUCCUCCGUGUCUUCCGUCUCCACCAGUACAGCAGUCAGCACUCCCAUAUCUGGCAGAGGCACCCCAAGUUCAAUUAGGAGGGUAGGCAGUCCAAUGAGCAGAAGCAACAGCCCCAAUAGCAGCCCUAAGAGCACAGGACGAAGACAGGGACGUCUGCGUCUGCCUCAGCUCGGCAGUAAACACCGACUCUCCAACAGCAAAGAGAAUCUGGACAACAGCAGCAGCAGUGGCUGUAAGGAGAGCAGCCCAGAGCCUGAGCCCAGCAUGGUAACAGAGGCGGAGCCUCAGGUGGCAGGAGCUACUCCUGAGCCCAACACACACAACUCUUCCUGGACAUUGGUUCCCUCCGCUACUGACUGUGAUGUCAUCAUGGUGAAUGGGCUGAGCCAGGACAACAGCCAAAUCAACGGGCACUCAGACGCCAGCACAGAGCUAGACAGCACAUCUCACCAAAGAGAUGAAGUCUGUCUUGAGCCAAUAUACAAUUUAUAUGCAAUCUCGUGCCAUUCAGGAAUCAUGGGAGGGGGCCACUACGUGACCUACGCUAAAAACCCCAAUGAUAAAUGGUACUGUUACAACGACAGCAGCUGCAAGGAGGUUCACUCAGAAGAGAUUGACACGGAUUCAGCAUACAUUCUCUUUUACGAACAGCAAGGAGUGGACUACUCCCAGUUUCUGCCCAUGACUGAUGGCAAAAAAAUGGCAGACACUACGAGCAUGGAUGAAGACUUUGAGUCAGACUACAAGAAGUACUGUGUGCUUCAGUGAUCCCAUGCUCUUCCAUGUUAAAGGCACUUAACGAGUUCGUCAGUAUCCUGCCCCCCCAUGUGCAAUGACAGUGUGGCCAAGUGAAGCUGCACGGCUGAAACUGAGGAGCUGCAGUUAACGAAGCACAAAGAUCAGUUUGAGACUGAGGAAUCUCAACCUCUGCUGCUGCCCCCGUUUCAGAAACACUUACUGGUGUUUUAGCCAUCAAAUGGCUGAAAGAGAAAAUAAAUAAAUAAAAAAUUGUGUAGAUUGUGAAUAUUGCCAACUGAACAAAAUUGGUCCUGGACCAAAAAAAAAAAAAAAGAAAUUUCUUUGACAUUAUUGUGAUUAACAGGACACGGUCCAAAUCUGCAGCAUCUCAUACCUGUGGGAAACGAUAUUUAUGUAUUUACCUUUCCAUGAGGUUUUCUUAAGGAGAAGGAGUGCUCUCAUCUUCCAUAAACUUGUGUUUUGUAUUUUUAUAUUUAUAUGAUAGAAUCAUAAGCAGAGGUUGUUUUGUUUUUUUUUUUUUGGCCAAACACAUUAAAUCGGUCCCAACGUUAUUGACGAUUUCUACUGGAGAGGUUUCUAUUGGGUAAAGUGCAAUGUUCGGUUCUGUAAUGCAAGUCUUAAAAGACUUAACCUUUUUGUUCCUCAGCAGACAUUAUACACUACCUCACUUUUUUGCAGUUUAUUGGCUGAUUGUUAAUGGAAAGACUGUAAGACAGUAUUACACUUUACAUGGCUCACUAAGCUGUGCCUGUAAAUCUGGUGAAAAAAAAGCCUGCCAAAACUGCAUUCCAGUGAGCAACACCCCAAAAAACGUUGAUAUGCCGUGGCUAUAUUUUGAUUUAUAUUUUAAGCUUAAGUUUGUUUUUGGGUAUUGUGCCAGUGUCUUUCAAACAGCCAGUAUAUGUCUUAGGCAAGUUUUAAGUUGAUAACAUUUUAUUUUUCUGAGAUAUUUAUUUUAAUACCAUGGAUCUGUUCACCUUAUCCAAACAUGGGCUUGUCUGUGAGCAGUCAACAGUGUGCUCCUCAUAAGGCUUUCCCUCCAUCAUGAGCAUUUCAUGACUUUCUGUUGUCACUUUAUUUGUUAUUUCUCAUUAAAAUAAAUCUUUGUUAGUGGUAGAGUCAAUGGUAGCCAAAUGCAUGCAUAUCUAAUCGGUGUACUCUCACAGGAGAGGUUCAUAUUAUCAAGCCAAAGUCUUUAACACAUGGUAUGUUGUUGCAUAGAAAGUACACCUUUGUGGCUUCUCUGAAAGAACGCCUCAACCUCAUGAUUGCCCUGUGCUAAAAAAUAAGUGGCGUCCAUGUGACCUGCUUAAAGUUGUGUGUCUUAAUGCCAGGAUAGUAGCAACUCUUCAUUAGAGAGCCAUUUUAACACUGUGAAUGGAUAUGAUACAGUGAGUAAUUCCUUUUCCUUCCAUGGCUUCUAAACAGUUAAACAAAGUUCUCAUUAGGAAAGCAUUGGAUCCUUCAUGGGGGAAAGAGCUACACGUUGUUCUGUACCGUUUGCUGCUCUACUUUCUACUUUUUCCUUAUUAUGGAUAUUUAUGUACUUUUGCCAGGAAGGAAAGGUUGUCAGAAAUGGGAAAUUAUUAUUUACUGGUCAUGUCACUCAAAAUUCAAAUAGUGUAAGCAAUGUUUGAACUCACUUCAAACUGCAAGUCACAUUUCUUCAGUAACAGCUAUCAAGGAAAAUAUCUGAUUUGAUUAAAACUAUAAAUCAUUUCUCUCAAUUUCAAACCUACAUUUACUUGGAAUUGAGUGGCUUGCUCAUUUUAGUUGAACUGGAAUCUUCCUCUCAUAGCUUAUUAGGCUUUUGAGUUCACAAAUACACACAUCACUUAAAGAUUUUUGUUUUUUGAUACAGGGAUAAUUUAUUAAUACUCCAAGAAACGUGAUUGAUUGGCAAGCAGUGCAAUCGACUACUGAUAUCUCAAUUUUGUUAAUCAUCAGAGAUGUAUUAAUUUGAUGAGCUUUAUUUUGUACAGUGUUUAAAGAGUACAAUGACAUUGCACUGACAUCAAAUGUACAGACGUUUUGUAAAUAUGCUUAUAAAAAAAGAUGUAUUUGAAAAUUAACUGUAAAAAUGUAGUUGUAUAUGGAGUGAUACUGUUGAUCUGUAACAAUUAUUUGAGCAAGCGAUUAAAUUCAGCUGAUGCAAUUGAA